AUGGCAAAGACUAAAGGAGGCCUUUCCGCCUCCCCAUCAUCACCGACGCCUCGACCACAGCAAUCCACCAUGGGAGGCGCCGCUUCGCCACCUGUUCAGGACCCGGCCAUUCCCCCAUCUGAGGGGGGAACCCCUUCUCAGCGCCGAUGCCCCACCAGGAGGCCACCCACUGAACCUGUGCCACCUACCGACCAAGCUAAGAGGCCAGCUUCUCGGCCCCCUGCGAAGAGAACCAAGUUCUUGGGUCCUGGAGAGCCAUCUCAUGCGCCUCAGGCAGAGCCGCCCACAGAGGACUCUCGGAUUCCUGUGGGUAUUCCUCUCGAGACCGUUAUCAGGCGUCCCAUGAUAGCCGGACCACCGAUAGAGGGCAACCUGGAUUGCAGAGAUCGAUCAUUCCACUCCGAGACCUACUUUGAUAUAGAGGCCCUCAGACAGCAGUCUGCACCAUCCGAGCCUCUAGUGCCAGAUGAGGAGACCAUACCAGCUGAGCAGCCCAUAUCAGAGGAGGAGAUCAGAGCAGAGCCAUCACAUGAUCCCACUACUAUCUGA